UGUUGUUCUAGUGACUAAUGGCGGACAGGCGAGGCUCCCAGUGAUAGCAUGGAUCCAGACAGUGGGGCGGACACCCAGCGAGCUCUCAGUCUGCAAUGGAAGAGCUACAAGCUUGUACAGGACCCUGCCAUCCGCAGGGUCGCCCAGAAAAUCUACAGAUACGAUGGGAUUCACUUCAGCGUGCCGGACUCAGGGUUCCCACCUGUGGGGGAGUUACGUGACCCUCGGCCACGAAGGAUCUGGUCCAGACACACAGAGCUGUCGCUUCCUUUGCCCAAAUUCAAGUUGGAUGAGUACUACGUGGGUCCUAUUCCGUUGAAGGAGGUGACGUUUGCCCGGUUGAACGAUAACAUCAAGGAGCCUUUCCUAUUGGAGAUGUGCACCAAGUUCGGCGAGGUGGAGGAAAUGGAGAUCUUGUUUCAUCCUAAGACACGGAAGCACUUGGGCCUGGCCCGCGUUCUCUUCACCAGCACCAGAGGGGCCAAAGACACAGUUAAACACCUGCACAACACCUCUGUCAUGGGCAACAUUGUCCAUGCUCAGCUAGACAUCAAAGGCCAGCAGAGGAUGAAGUAUUACGACCUGAUUGUUAGUGGCUCGUACACCCCUCAGACGGUGCCGACCGGAGGCAAAGCCCUCACAGAGAAGUUUCAGCCCCCUGCUCCAGCCCAGCCUGACACAUCCUCUGAUGUCAGGCGGAGGCUUUCUGUAGAUCAGCCGGUGCCAGUUCCACCUCCCGGCAGUACCACCCCAUGCUCUGUGGACACUGGAUUUGGGGAACAACGUCUAGAUACCCCCCCAUCCUCGCACAGUGGGCAGUACACCCCAGGUUCUUUUUCCUCCUCACAAGGCGGAAACACUCCUUACUCAUCACGCUCUGGGACCCCCUUUUCCCAGGAUUCAGGCUACUCCGGCGGCAGGCAUGCAGGUUUUAGUGGGGCUCCUCUCAACAGUGGUUACGCUCCACAGGACAUGCUCCCUUCUUCAUCCUGCUCUUCCUCUGCGGUGUCCUCCUCAUCAGGGUUCAAGCCCCCGCGUUACUAUGACGAAUCCCAUGCAGCUCCCUCACAAGACCCCUCCAUGUACCACAGAGGUCGACCUGGAUUCCCCCCUCCUUCUGCGCCGUUUCGACCCAAUGAGCCUCCGUGCUACCCUCCGUUUCCUAAUGCGAGCGGGACCGGGAUGCAUAUGCCCCCACUCCCACAUGUACCACCCUCAGGCUCCUUAUACGAGUCCCCACCUGUGGCUGACAGAGAAAGGGACAGAGACAGAGAAAGGGGGCCUAGAGAAAGGGAGCGAGACAGGGACUCCGGGGGGCGUUAUGGGACUUCUCGGCGUUCCUCUUACCACCACCAACAGGACGUGAACUCUUCGUCUGCUCCCUCCUCCAAAUCUUCUUACCAUUCCCAUCACUCCCACCACUCCCACCACCCUGACAGGCGCGAGGAGCGCGGGGACGGCCGACCAUAUCGGCGGGACAGUUCUGGCUCGCGGUCUGGCGAACAUGGACGGCACCGGAACCACCACCACUCGCAUAACCACCACAGCCGGCGGAGAAGCAGCAGAGACCGAGACUGGGAAAGAGAUAGGGAGCGAGACGGAGACUACGCCAACAGCACGGACCCUCGAUACUCCAGUCACCGCUCCUCUAACAGCCUUUCUCCUCCCCCUGCCUCCGCUUCAUAUGGAGGCUACCCCCAGCCUAAAGACUUGCCUGCUCACGACACCCCUUCUUCAUCCAGGUUGGACCCCUCGCCGUCCUUCCGACAGCAGGGUGCCGGGGAACGAGGUUCAAUGGAUAAUGACUAUCGUUCCCUUUCUCACCACGCCCCCUUGCCCCCGCCUCCUCCCCCUCCUCCCCCUCCUCUCCCUCCAGCCUCUGUCAUUGCGGCCGCAGUGGCCGAAACUCUGGGCUCACUGGAUUUCGGCCAGGGAAGCCCCUCUCGAGAAGAGCAAUGGACGUUACCGAAACGCCGUCCCAGCACCCCCCCACAGCCCCCGCGCACUCCUCCGCCUUCUUCUCCUCCCCAUGCCUCCAUCCCUUCAUCCUCCACCUCUCCCUCCUCUACCUCCCUCCCUCACCACCUCCCCUCCUCCACAGCCUCUCUCUCUCCGCCCCUCCCACAGCGAGACUCCUCCUCUCCAGAACCGGACUCCACCAAUGAGAGCCUACCGUUCGUUCACCACAGCAGCAGCCUGGACUCGCGUAUCGAGAUGCUCCUGAAGGAUCAAAAGUCAAAGUUCUCGUUCCUCGCCUCGGACGACGAGGAGGAAGAAAGGAAGGAGGAGGAGAGGAGAGGUGUGCAGAACACUGAUGGUGAGUCAAGUAAGCAGAGAGAAGGGGACUUGGAGAGAGCGAACCUCAAAAGGCAAGGGGAGGCGGACGGAGGCCAGAGGAGAAGAGGAGACAGGGAUGGGCGACGGAACAGAGGCAAGAAGCAAGUUGGGGGAGAAAGCAGGAAAAGUCCUGCGGAGGUGGAGGCCUCCAGCGCUUCUGUCUCCGGCUCAAUGUCGGACUUACAGGACCAGCCGGUUUUCUCCCAGGAGGAACUCUCUCACAUGGCCUCCGACACACACAAGGCUGUAGGUGCCCACACUCCACCCACCUACAACGGAGAAGGACAGCCAUCUCCUCAUUCUUCCGGAGAAGACAUGGAGAUAUCUGAAGAAGAAGAUGAUGCUGCCAUCUCCAUGGUGAUGCCUCAUCAUGCUGCCGCUUCUUCCUCCUCCUCACCUACAACCUCUUCACAGACAGUUCUUCCCUCACAGACUUCGGACCCCUCGGCUAGUCCUCCUCCUGACAGCACACAGCACUUCAGCUCCACCAUGCCACCUCCACCCAUCCCCUCUUACCCUCCCCACCUGCCUCCUCCACCCCCACCUGGCUUCUCCCUACAGCCUCCUCCACCCCCUGGCAUUCCUCCUCCGCUGCCCCACAUGGAGCUGCACCCGGAGUAUCCACCGCCGUUGCCGCACCAUAUGUACGACUAUGCCAACUCCAUGGAACUGAUGAGCCAGUACAGUGGCAUGUCUUUCCAGAUGCAGACGCAGAUGCUCAGCCGCCUGCAGCAGAUGCGAAUGGCUGCGGGUAAUGGCUCUGCAGUGCCCCCUGGAGAGCACCCCCCUGCCUCUGAAUACCCACCUUCUUACCACCUCCAUUCUAUGCCCCAUCCCCAUGCACCUCCGCCACACCCACAUCACCCCUACAUGGACCAAGACGGUAUCGCAGCUAACCACUACGAUCAGGACCACCGCUAUAUGCCCCCUCACAUGCCGUACCCCUAUCCAGACCCGCACGCUGCCCAGCUUCCCCCACCUCACCACCACGCCAUCCCUCCUCCACACAGUCCCUGGCCUCCGCACGUCCUACCACAGCACUAUCCCUCCCACUACCCAAUGCCAGCCUACGGUGCAGCGCCGGGUGUGGAGGGAGAGCACUAUGGGGCAACGGGUAACCCGAUGGCCAUGAUGGACCAGAACCCCCACGAGGCCACGGUCCAGCAGGUCCUGUCCGUUCUAAUUGAGGAGAUGAAGAACAUCAUGCAGAGGGACUUGAACCGCAAGAUGGUGGAAAACGUGGCUUUCGGCACCUUUGACGAGUGGUGGGAACGUAAGGAGAGGAAGGCUAAGCCUUUCCAGACAGCCAUGAGAGGCGUUUCAGUGGUGCGAGAGGAAGAGAAGAAGGAGGAGAAGACGGCGACGGCGGCGGCGGCGACGACGACGAGCAGUCGGCCUCGCGAGCCGAUCAUGUCUCUGGUGGACUGGGCUAAGAGUGGAGGCCUGGAGGGCUUCUCCCUGCGGGGGGCACUGCGAUUACCAUCUUUCAAGGUGAAAAGGAAAGAGCCUCAGGAGCUCGCAGAGGACGCUUCACUGAAAAGAGCCAGACCUUCCACUCCACCGGAUGAAGAGGACGAAGACUCGUUUCAGGGUAAGGGUCCCGACAUUGCAGGACGGCCAGAGGAGAGUCGGGCACCCGACAGAGAGGCAGCUCGCAGGAGAAAGAGAACCAAGGCCCGUAAACCGUACGACCUGGACAGCGAAGGAGAAGAGACAUCAGAUGAAUCUUCCUCUGAAAAGGAGGAUGAAGAUGACAGUGAGAAAGAUGAGUCAGAGGAUGAAGCUCUCAGUGCAGACAGUGACGAUGAGAGCAUCUCUUCUUCAUCUGAGAGCUCGUCCUCGUCUUCGUCCUCCUCUUCAUCUUCGUCCUCAGACGAAGAAGAUGAGGAAGUGGAGCGGGCAGAGGAGAGUGAGGGGCUGGAUACAAUGGAUGAGUCUACAAUGGAGAGUGUGGCCUUGGACACAGAAAAAGAAGAGAAGGAAAAAGCAAGCAUCGACCAAUCAUCUGCUGUGGCUGCUGUGGAGGUCAAACCGGAAGAAAAGACGACCACAGCUGGACCCACAGAUCGACGGCCAUCGUCUCCACCUUGUCCUCGCCCUUCAUCUCCCAUCUUGCCUCCUCUCAAGAAGCGGCGCAAGACCGUGUCCUUCUCCAUGGAGGAGAACGAGGUCAAACCUACCCCAGAGCCCUCCACCGGGCCGCUGUCUCCACCUGCAACUCCCACUCCCUCUCAGUCUCUCCUCCUUUCUCCUGUCAAAGCUCAGCCUCCAGAUGUGCUCACGGCAGCCUCUCCUGGAACCACGCCCACCGCUGCUACUCCACCAGUGUCCUCCAAACCUCUCCCAAUGCUCCGCCCAUUCGCCUCCUCCCCGGGCGAGGCUAGCGCCCUUCCCCAGUCCCCUACUUCCGUUCUCACCGUCCCUCCUCCUGUGCGCUCCCUCCGGCCAGAGGAGCCCAGGAAAAGUCCAGGCCCCCAUCAGUCCCCGCAGACACCCCCUGCAAAGUCUCCCUCCAGACGAGGUGCAGGCAAAGACUCCCCCAAAACGCCUGUCACUCCUGUAUGUCUUACAGUGCAAAACCUACCGCUGGACCAUGCUUCUCUGGUCCGAGUUGCUUACGAGGAGCCAGUCCCCGUCCCAACCACGCCCACUCAGAAGGGUCGGCCUCGUGGCCGCCCCAGAACAGUCAGCCAGUCUGGUUCCCCUGCUUCCUCGUUACACCCCGUGUUGCAGGAGGAGGAUGAGGAUGAUGAAGAGGAGCAGUUAGAGCAGAGGCUGCGGCUCAGGGAGCAGGUAGGAGCGUCCAGCUUGCUGCAGCUAGCCACCGCACCCCCGCCUGACCUGUCUGUGCUGGCCGACGUAGCUUUGAAGAUGGACCCCGACGCGGAUGUAGACUCUGAGGAGACGGAAACCUCAGACGAGGCUGAGGAGCGCAAGCUGGAGGAGGAAGAGGGGGAUCUGUUUGCUCCGCACCCUCGGCUCCCCCUGCUGGACCCAGAAGGCAUGUUCGUCCUGCAGGAACACAAUUACUCCAAAUAUCCUGCUCUCCUCCCUCCUUCUCCUCUCCCUUCUUCCCAAAAGAGAACAAAACAGGACUCCACUGUCUUACUCCCCGCGGACCUCAACCAGCACGGUGUGCAGGAGGCUCCGGAGGAGGUGAUCGGAGAUGCCCAGAUGGGCAGAGGGGAAACAGCCGAACUUUACGGAAGCCUCCCCGGAAUGGGUCUCGUGUGCGAGGCCGGGGACUCGGCUGAGGCCCAGUUCCUCAGUCCCGCUUCCAAAAAGAAAGGGUCAUUCAAGAGGGAGGAGCUGGAGAAAGGGAAGAGUAAAAAGAGGACUAAGAAAGAUAAAGAGAAUGUGGAUGUGCAACUCCCCAAGAGGCAGAAGGAGGAACAGAGCAAGAAACAGAGAAAAGGGAAGUUAGAGGACCUGGAGGAGGACGUGGACGUGGAGCAGUUGGAGUCGGGCGAGCUGUCCAGCUCCAGCUCUGAUUCGGCCGACUCUGACUUUGGUCUGGAUGAAUCCAUCGAGUUUGAACGUGAGGAGGUAAGAAAAAGCGAGCGGCUCUUCCUCCAGGAAGCCGGCGUAACCCCGUCCACGCAGAGGAGGCCCAAGCAGGCCCCAGUGCUGCCAACAGAACCAGAGUCGCGGCACACGUUUGACCAUCGCAGUGAGUUUGAGCAGAUGACCAUCCUCUAUGACAUCUGGAACGCUGGGCUGGACCUCGAGGACAUGAGGCUGCUUAGGAGCACCUACAAGAAGCUGCUGCAGGAUGACCACAACACGGACUGGCUCAAUGACACACACUGGGUCCCUCACCCUGUUACCAACAUCCCGAAUCCACGGCGUAAGAAGAAAGCAGCGGCUGGGCAGCUGAGAGAGCACAUCACAGGCUGCGCCCGUAGCGAGGGCUACUACGCCAUCAGCCGCAAGGAGAAGGACGUAUACCUGGAUCUGGACCUCCCCGAGGCUGUGCAGGAAGCUAUGGACUUCGACAUUGCGGGCUCGAACCGUCUGCUGUCUGAGAGGCGCUCUGAGCAGAGGCGUCUUCUCAGUGCUAUCGGCACACCUGCAGUCAUGGACUCAGACCUGCUCAAACUCAACCAGCUCAAGUUCCGCAAGAAGAAGCUGCGGUUCGGUCGCAGUCGUAUCCACGAGUGGGGCUUGUUUGCCAUGGAGCCCAUCGCAGCAGAUGAAAUGGUUAUUGAGUAUGUGGGCCAAAACAUCCGACAGAUGGUGGCUGACCAUCGGGAGAAACGCUAUGCUCAGGAAGGAAUCGGAAGCAGCUACUUGUUCCGUGUCGAUCAUGACACCAUCAUCGAUGCCACGAAGUGUGGCAACCUGGCACGCUUCAUCAACCACUGCUGCACUCCUAACUGCUACGCGAAGGUGAUCACCAUCGAGUCUCAGAAGAAGAUUGUCAUCUAUUCCAAGCAGCCUAUCGGAGUGAAUGAAGAGAUCACAUAUGACUAUAAGUUCCCCAUCGAGGAGAACAAAAUUCCCUGUUUGUGUGGGACGGAGAACUGCAGAGGAACUCUCAACUGAGGUCCUGGGACACCAAGCUUACCCUUCUUCUCCUAUACAUCCAGCUUUUUCCAGCAGAUUCCCCUCCACCACUGCAGGAGACUGGCAGGGGCGUAUGGAUAGCGUGUUGAUAUCCAUAUACAGUUGCAGUCGUGGACAACAUGGGAAAAUCCGUUACAUGUGCUUGGCAUACCUGAUGUAUUAUUAAAGAUACAUGACCAUUCUGUCUCCAUAAGGAUGUCAGCAUCACUGCUGAGUCACAGAUCUUACAUCCUCUCCCUUCCCAUUCGUUGCUAUCUUUAUCCUGCAUUUUCCCCUCACAGCUGCAUUUGGUUACAUGAUGUUUUUAGAGGCCUGUAGUUGUUAAGCAACGGCACACGAAACGUCUCACGCUCACAUACGCACAAAGCUAAAUAGGGGUCGGGGGGAUAAAAGCCUUCAUUGGGGUCUUCGGAUGAGGAUUAUUUGAUUCCGCCACUCUAAAUGUAAUAACAAUA